UCUAAUUUUUCUAACAUUUAGGUUGCACCCGAACGAUACGUGUGACAGAGUGAUGGAAACUGUGAAGAAGCUGGUAGGGUCAAAUGAGGUCACAAUUGAGAAGAUGGACUCACGGGAUCCUCCGAAGUGCAGCAGCACUGACUCAGUUGCAUAUGAUAGAAUAGUUAAAGCUGUGGGGGAAACAUUUAAAGAGUGCGAGGUCAAGCCUGUGGUUGCUCCGAAUCUCCUGACUGGCCAAACAGACAGCAGACACUUCCAGCACUUAACUAUAGAUACAUACAGAUUCACGCCCUAUUACAUGAAGAGGGCAGACAUACAGUCGAUUCACGGACACAAUGAGAGGAUUGGAAUAGACAAUUACCACCAGGUUAUUGAAUUCUUCACUCGGUUCAUCAGAGAGACUGCUUUCGAGACGAGGAAAGAAGUUUCUAACCAAUGAAAUGAAAAUUCAACUUCAUUUGAGCUUGACUGAGUAUUAUGAUGAAUGCUCUUUUCCUACAUAGUAUUCCGUCUGACUGGAUCCAACUCAAUAAUAUCUAUAUACAUAAUUGCUAAAUUUGAUCGAAUAUUGUUUUAUGUAUUUCAAAAAGCGUUUUGAUCAACUGAAGUUUUAAGUUUCGAAGCUCUGGGUUGGUAAAACCUUACUGCUUCCAUGAAAUCUAAAUGGUGCUUAAUUAGCUGGUUUAUGAUUAUAAUUUCUAGUUUUGU